UCGUUGCUGAUCAUCGAGUGGUUAGGUCAUGGACUGUUCGUACUAUUUUCUACUGGGCCUGGCUCUUAUUUCAACAGGUCAAGUGAUUGCUAUCUGCAUUCCUCCUAAUCACUGCAUAGAGGAUAUGGAGGAAGCAGAUGCCAAGGAACGUUUCGACUACGUCCUGGGCAAGUACGAGGAGCUGGACAUGAAGAUUCCGGGUGAGCCUGUUGGCUUGCACGGCAAGGUAGUCACGCAUGGGGAGGCGGAGGAGCAGCACCUGGUGUUCCAGUACAUGGACAACACCCCGCAUGACAUCAUCCAGACGUGCGCGUUCGUGGUCGUCAGUGCUCCGGGCGAGUGCGAAUCGAUCCGCACCUACUGCUCCGGCUUUCUGCGGCGCCAGCCCCGUCCCCUUCUAGAGCGGAAGCCUCUCGAGGUCUGCGAGGAUAAGACCCAGCUGGCAACGGAGCCCCCGGAACCGGAGACGGCUCCCGAUGCGGAUUCGGAGGAUGGAACGGAGGCUGAUCCUCAGCAGGAGCAAGAGGAGGGAGCAGAAACCACCACAGGGGCUCAGGAUGCAUCCAACUCCAAGCUAAGAUCGAUGUCUCGCAAUAAUAUUUGA